AUGCCUGCAGAUCGCGAGUCUGAUGACACGGAUGAAAUCACCGUGGGGAGCUAUGUUUACAGCAUGGAUGUGGACGAAGACAUGCCGCGAGGUGAGCUUGGAGUAGUGGUCGAAGUUUUAUCGGCCAGCCAGAAGCGGAUUGUCGAAUUCCCUUCGUCAUACAAGUUCUCUCUCCUCGCAAGCAAGCUGAAUGUGUCCGAUUUCCAGAAGGGCACAUUCGUCCACGCAGUUGACGAUGACGAGCUCGGCAUCAUCCAGGGCCUGGAAGAAGGAAAUCUGCUGAAUGUCGCCGUGAAGGGCGAAGAGCGUAAAGAGAAACCGGACCGCUUCAUCAGGUGCGACAUUCAGCCGGGCAUGUACGUCUUUUGGUCCCAGGCAAACGCCGAUGUAGCGCGGGGCCAAGUGGGAGAGGUCCUCCCGGAGGUGAAUGACGAGGGCAAGGUCAAGGUGGCAUUUCCCAGGGGCAUUUCCUGGCUCCCAGCCAUGGACCUAAUCCGAGCGGACAUCCAAGCCGGAAACUACGUUUGCCGCAAGAGCCCGAGCGACGACAGCGAGGAAGUUGAGCUUGGCCAGAUAGUGGGUGGACUCGAGGAUGGGAAGCUGAAGGUGCAGUUCGCCACAGGCGAAGGCAACUUCAAGCUCUCUGACCUGAUCUGCCACGAGAUGCAGCGAGGUUCCUUCGUGACCUGGACCAAGAGCGAUGAGGACAUCCCGGAGGGGCACCUUGGUUACGUCGUUGACAUCAGGGUCAAAAAGAACCGCCUGCGUGUGAAGUUCCUUAGCGAUACGUGGAACAUGAAGCCCUCGGACCUCGCCCUUCAUCGCCUGCAGCCAGGCAGGUAUGUCCUCUGGGAGAAGGCAGAUCAGGACAUCCCGCGAGGCGACAUCGGAGAAGUCGUCAGGUUGCACGACGCCAAGAACAUGAUACGGGUCCAGUGGCCUCGAGGUGGCUGGAGCAUACCCCCACAUCGGCUCGCGGUUUUGCCAUUCCAGAAGGGCGACAGCGUCCAGUGGAAGAAGUCCGACAAAGAUGUUGUGGAGGGUGAGGUUGGCAAGGUCAUGUGGGUGAGGCAAGACAAGAGCAACAGUGGUGACAGGCUCUUUGUUAAAUUCUCCAAGGGCCGCUGGGCCUUCGAACCGGACAGCCUCAAGCAGUGCAACAUGAACGUUGCGACCCUCAUGCGGGUGAAGUCCACCUUCAGACGGUUUGACCGGAACGGAGAUGGCAAGCUUUCCCAGGAGGAGCUUGUCGCCAUACUUCUGCAGCUGAAAGGCGAAGAGCCCAUGAAUGAUGAGGAUUACAAGUUGCUCUUCAACUCCAUGGACAAGGAUUCAGAUGGCAAGGUGAGCGUUCAGGAGUUCUUGGACUACAUCUUCGCAGAGGCAGAGCCUUCUCAAAGCAAGAUGCUCCUGGAUGGCUUCGGCCAGACAGGCCUGAUCGGCUUUACGGGAGAGGAAGACGAGGACCCGGACUUGGAGCUCCACCAGGACAUCAAGCAGGAACCUCAGGUCCCAUCUGAACCACUGCAAGCUCGGCCAUCUCUGGUCGUCCCUUCCAUCGAUUCGGAGCGCUAUGACGAGAAGGUCUCACGCGAGGACUGGGCCUGCGCCAUGCUGGCCCUGGGCGUUUGCCGCCAGGCAGCGCUGGACAGCUACGAUGCUUGCCAGAUGGAGAGACCGAGCAUCAGGGACCUCGCUUCGAAGCUGAACGGCUCGGGCGCCUCCCCGGAGGCGGAAGACCUCUUGGCUGUGCUGCAGCGGGUGAAGGACGGGGCCUUGAGCGCGGUGGACCUGUCCGUUCCAGAUGAGGAGGUGAGCGAGGAGAGGAACCUGGCGAAGCAGACAGGGAUUGAGGGCCUUCUUUUCCACCUCCAUGUCCAGGACAAGCCGCCGGCCGCUGCCCCGGACGAGCUCUUUGCUGCCAAGCUCUCCGCCUUGGAGCUGAAGGUCCUGAGCGCUCUCACUCCCGAGGAAUUGACGGAGGCCGUAGCAGCAGCAUCCAGGUCGGCCUCCUCCUUGAGUGCCGUGAACUCCUGGCAGCGGGCCCGCGAGAACUGCAGUCGGCAGGUGAAGGAGAUCGUGGACAGCUGCAAGAGUAACGGGGAGAAGUACACAGACAAGUCUUUCGACGUGCUGGGGGAUGAGAAGGCCGUGAUAUUCGUGGACAAAGAGAAGCGUGGAUACGGCUGCGGCAUGACUCCUCCGACGGGUUGGAAGCGGGCAUCGGAGCUUCAAGCUGACGGCAAGCUCUUCGUGGACGGCUGCGAAGCGAAUGACAUCAAUCAAGGCCGGAUCGGCGACUGCUACCUCCUGGGAUCUCUUGGGACGAUGGUCGGCAAUCGGAAGGCCUUCUUGCAACAAGUCUUCGUGGCGCACGAUUGGGAAGUAGGAGUCUACGGGGUGCUCUUCUACAGCGAGGGUCACUUCACCUACACCAUCGUAGAUGAUUAUCUUGCCGUUGACGACGGAGGGCAGUUGCUGUAUGGAAAGUCCAGCAGCAAGGACGAGUUCUGGGUCUCCAUACUCGAGAAGGCCUUUGCAAAGCACCUGACCUGCCUCGAGCAGAUCGAUGGUGGACAGCCCGAGGAAGCCAUCUACUCUCUGCUCGGUGGCGUGAAUGGCAUCUACACCAUCAGGCCCGAUCGCGGCAACCCACCGAGCUUCUUCCAGAAGAUGAUGCACGCCUGCAACUGCGGCGAGCUUUUGACUGUGGUGUUCGUUUGUCCCCACAGCGCCUGGUCGAAGUUUGGCAACCUGGGAAUCCAAUACAUGGACCGCAGCACCUGGGAUAAGCUGGGUUUGCAGUACAGCCACUGCUACUCAGUGCUGCGGGUGGCGGAAGUCGACGGUCAGCAGUUGAUCUGUUUCAGAAAUCCCUGGGGUCACGGCGAAUGGAAGGGCCGCUGGUCCGAUGCUUCCGAAGAGUGGACAGAGGAGCUGCGGGAAAAGCUGGGAGCCAAGAAGGGGGACAACGGCCAGUUCUGGAUGGCAGUGGAGGACUACGUUGAGCUCUCACAGGAACUCCGCUUCUGCCGCACUUUUGGCCCCACCUGGCAGUGUGCCACCCAGUACGGCCGGUUUCAAGAAGGAAACAUCACCGUGCGCGCCAAGAAAGAUUACCAAAAGCGAGGAGGUGACGAGAUGAGCCACAAGAAGGGUGAUUUGAUUGAGCCUGUGGGCAUCAUGCAAGGCAUGUUUUGCAAAGGCGUCAAUCUGACCUCUGGAGACGCUGGCAUGUUCCUGACCAAAAACGUGGACCUCCAGUGCAUGGAUGUUUUUGCUUGCGAGCUGUCACUGGCAGAUGUUGCCGCAGAUGCGCCUGUUAUCCUGACGGUCAUGCGUCAGAACCGAAAGACCUGUCGCGAGUUCAAAGGUGGCAAAGAUGGAGGUCCGAACCGUGCCCUCAACGACUACCACUGGAUCCAUACAUUCGUCUUCAACUGCGACGGCGAGAGGGUGUGGAAAGAAAACAUUUACAUGCGGUCUAUGUUCACGACUUUGGACCCCUCCAAGGCACCCUACACGGUCUAUAUGACCUGUCCAAAUGGAGGCAAGCGCUUCGCGCUGUGUGCAUUUGCGCCUCACGGCGCCUUGUGCCUUGCAAAGAAGGAUUGUACCUAUCGCCAGUUCCUUGACGUCAUCUAUGCUUGA